CUCACUUGAAACACAUGGGCUCGUUUUUUAGUUCUUGUAGUUACUUGGAAUUACUUAUCUAAAUGUUACAUGGUUUUAAACGUAUCCUCAAAGUCUGUUGUUGUAAAAAGACACUUGGAAGUAUACGGGUUACCGCUGCAACUAUGUACUUCCGAAACGCGUUUGCUACGAGUGCGCGUUAUUCGUGCCCUGGAUCUUAUGAAAAAGGACAUAUUUGGUGCAAGUGAUCCAUACUGCAAGCUGUGUGUAUAUAAAACUCAGCGGUCAACGUUACCUGUCUGUACACCAGUGCCAACGCGAACUGUUAAGCGUUCCUUAAAUCCUAUUUGGAAUGAAGAAUUUAUAUUUAGAGUCAAUCCAUCUGAAAAUCGUUUAGUUUUUGAGUUGUACGAUGAGAAUAGAAUUACAAGAGAUGACUUCUUGGGCGUCGUUACUGUAUUUCUGCCUUAUUUGGAAAUUGGUACUGAAGGCUCCAGUAGUCGAAUUAUGGCGAAAAGUUUCUUGUUACGUCCUCGAAGCUCUCGAUCCCGCGUUCGAGGCAAUCUCCACUUGUAUUUGGCCUACUUACCAAGCCAUUUAAAUCCUCGAAUAUCAUCUCUGCGUGAAAUUCCUGCUGUUGUUGAACUGUCAUCUGAGCAAAGGCAUAGUGAAGGUCAAAUCUCGCCUACUCAAGUUUCUUCACAUCGUUCUAGUUUACAAACACAAUCUUCCCACAGUCCUGGUAUUUCUACAACAUCUGGUACUGCAGAAAAUGGUACUGAUAGUUGUGUAAUUGUUAGAAAUACACCUAUAGAAAUGGAUGCUGAAAGUGUUAAUGAGAGUGUUGUUGGACCAAUGCUAUCCACAUCAUUAGAUGAUAGUUCUUCAGUUGAAAUGGUAUCAGAUCCUCUACCUCCAGGUUGGGAUGAAAGAGUGGAUCAAAAUGGACGUACAUAUUAUGUGGAUCAUGUGAAUAAACGUACACAAUGGGAUAGACCUUCAUUUCGAUUACCACAAGGCUGGGAGCAACGAACUGAUGCCAAUGGUCGAGUCUAUUAUGUGGAUCAUAUAAAUCAUAGAACUACAUGGUAUCAUCCUUUGUCUGAGGGAUCUCGGCUACAAGCAUCACCUCCACAUUCAUCUACCAGUCCAGAUACAUUUAAUGAUGGUGAUGAACCACCUGCUGAAGGCGAAGUAGCUAACGGAGAUGGUGAACCCGAACCGGAAUACCAGGCCAAUGCUGAAUCAUCGAAUAGUCCAAGUGAAAAUCAAGAAAAUCGCUCACCUGAAUCUGAACAUGGACCACCAUCUCCAACGCAUACAAAAGUCUCCGAUUCAAGAUCUCAAGUACACAGUAAUAGUGGAGCAUUACGACAUAAUAAUAAUCCGCGUCAAACACAACGUAGUUUAACUAUAGCUGAAAGAAUACGUGCAAGAAAUGGAGUAAAUGCAACAACAACAACAACAGGAGCAGCACCCCGUUGUAUAUCUAAUCGUCAAAAUGUGAUCGAUGAAGUACGCGCUGCACAGACUAUGUAUAUGCGGCGUAGACAAGUUAGCCAUGAAGAUACUGUAUCCCGUGUCCCUAUAAAUUUAGAUGCUUCUCCUGCCAAUAAUGCCCCAAAUUCUGAACCGAUUCUACCAAUAUCUUCAAAUUCUGCUGAAAGUGAUAAUCAACAGACAACAAUAGACUCAUCGUCUAGUUCAACAGGGCAGACUACCCCAUCAACAGCUGGUGGUGCUGGGGGUGGUGGUGGCGAAUCAAAUCAACAAGAAGGAGACAGUACAGAUAGUGGAAAUAGGAGGAUUGGUGAAAUUGUUUUAGGAUUGAAUAUUGCACCAGGCGAAGAACCUUUGCCACAAGGUUGGGAGUUGGCAAGAACAGCUAGUGGUCGUAAAUUUUUCAUCAAUCAUAAUGAACAUACUACUACUUGGGAUGAUCCUCGAAUUACUCGAUCAAAUAAUCAACUGAUUAAUGGUUCCCUGUUGACACAUGAAGCUCAACGGCAUUUAAUGAAAGAUUUGGGUCCACUACCGCCUGGUUGGGAGGAACGUGUACAUAGUAAUGGUCGCAUCUUUUACAUUAACCACAAUGCUCGAACUACACAAUGGGAAGAUCCACGGUUGGAACGACUAGGCGGGCCAGCUGUUCCAUAUUCAAGAAAUUAUAAACAAAAAUAUGAUUACUUUCGUUCGAGACUUAAGGCACCACGUGAUCCACAAGCGAAAUUUGAAUUACGUGUCACUCGAGCGGGUAUUUUUGAAGAUUCAUUUCGACUUAUUUAUGGGAUUAAAAGACCAGAAGUUCUUAUGCAUAGAUUAUGGAUUGAGUUUAUCGGUGAGAAAGGCUUAGAUUACGGGGGUGUACAGAGAGAAUGGUUUUUCUUAUUAUCACGUGAAAUGUUCAAUCCUUAUUAUGGUUUAUUCGAGUAUUCAGCUGCAGAUAAUUAUACCCUUCAAAUCAAUCCACUCUCGGGUGUAGCUAAUGAAGAACACUUAAAAUAUUUUAAAUUUAUUGGUCGUGUUGUCGGUAUGGCAGUGUAUCAUGGUAAACUGGUAGAUGGAUUUUUCAUUCGACCUUUCUACAAAAUGAUGCUUGGUAAGACAAUAUCAUUGAAAGAUAUGGAAGCUGUUGACUCUGAAUACUAUCGAAGUUUAAAGUAUAUUCUGAAAGAAGAUCCUGCAUCCUUGGAUUUAUCAAUGUCAGUUGAAGAGGAGCAUUUUGGUGAAACUGUUGAAGUGGAUCUUGUUAAAGACGGUAGAAAUAUUCGUGUUACAAAUAGUAAUAAAACACACUAUAUAGAACGCAUCAUCAAUUGGCGGUUUGUAUCACGUGUCGAGAAACAAAUGUGUGCAUUUCUUGAAGGUUUCAGUGAUUUGAUACCUUUAGAAGCGCUGCAGAUAUUUGAUGCUAAUGAAUUAGAAUUAUUAAUGUGUGGUCUACAAGAUAUCAGUGUCACUGAUUGGAAAGCUAACACUCUGUAUAAAGGCGAAUAUCAUGCUAAUCAUCCAGUGAUUGUGAAUUUAUGGAAGGCUAUUUACACAUUCACCAAUGAAUUAAGAAGUCGACUAUUACAAUUUGUCACUGGAACAUCACGUGUACCAAUGAAUGGUUUCGCUGAAUUAUGGGGUUCAAGUGGACCACAAAAAUUCACUGUUGAAUGUUGGGGCUCUGUAGAUCAACUGCCUCGUGCACAUACAUGUUUCAAUCGUUUGGAUCUACCGCCUUAUACAACUUUUGAAGAACUCCGUUGUAAACUCAUUAUUGCUAUAGAAAAUGCUGAAGGAUUUGAAGGUGUUGAUUGAUCAUGGAUGAUGAUGACAAAUUGAUUUUUCCUAAUUAUUAUUCAUAUUGUAUCAAAAUGAUACUCUUCAGGCGCAUACACAUUUAACACUAAUUCACACACACAAAUAUAUAUAUAUAUAUAUAUAUAUAUAUAUAUAUAUACAUGCAUUCACAACGAGAAUAGACAAGGAAUAUAUACAUAUAUAUAUAUAUAUAUACAACGUUUCAAUUAUCCUUCAAAAUUCUUCUCUAUUGUGAUGUAGAAAUUGUCUAUAUGAAAGAUGGCAUAAUUGUACUGGGUGGGACUUCUUACAAAAAGAGAGACAUUCACAGUUUGCUUGAACAUCUCAUGAAUACAAUCGUCUGUCUGCCUCUCUCUCUCGCGCACGUGCACCCGCUUUUCUGUUGUUAUUGUUGUGAUGAUGUAAGCAGUUUGUGGUUGUGGGACAAGAAUGACUAAUGAUUGCGUAUUUAUUCUAUUCUAUUUAUUUAUUUAUUUAUACAUAAUGAUACAUUUUGUAGGUAUUAUAAGAUCCUGUGUAACAUAUAUAUAUAUAUAUAUAUAUAUAUAUAUAUAUAUAUAUAUAUAUUAUUCACAACCAUUUAUUACCACUACUAUAACUGUUAUUAUUAUUAUUAUUACUAUCACUGUAUGCGGGGAUAUCCAUCUUUGUGGAGCUGUCUAUAAAUAAGCUAUCAGAAGUGCGUGUUUUUUGUGUCCAGAAAUUGUGAUGAAUUCGUAUUCGUGUGUAUGUGUAUGUCUUUGUGUGUAGUUUCAUUUCGCAUCUCUCUCUCUCUCUCUCACUUCAAACAUUGUGUGUAUAAGGUGCCUCAGUUCUGGUACUUUUGGAGGGAGGGGGGAAGAAAUCCAAAGACGUGAUCAAGUAGACACAGUACAUUAAAUAAUUUAUUUGUUUGUAGACGCUACUACUACUACUACUACUACUAUAUUCCCACUUACACGUGUCGUGUCGCAAUUGCACACACACACACACACAUGCACAGUCCCUCUCUCUGGCAUCAAGCCCCACAUACUUCUAACGCUUAAAGGAUCAAAAAAAUGCAAAAACGUUAUUUUAGGAUUUUUGUUUUUGAUUCGUUUAUAUUUUGUGUCCAUGUGUGUGUGUGUGUAAAAAUAAUAAAAACAUUAUUAUUAUCUUUAUUAUUACUAUUAUUCCUAUUCUUUCCUAAUUAAACUAUUUUAACCAAUCAGAGAUAGGCGUGCUGUGUGUGUCUCCUCUUUUUCAUUUUAUUUUGUCGAUUUGUUCAAAUGACACCAUAUUUUGAAAAGGCGGGAAAUUUAAACGAAGCUGUCUGCAAUAAUAUUGGCAGUAAUGGUACUAGUUUGUUAAUUGUAUUUAUUUUUGUGUAUAUUUAUUUUUUGUUUUAUUUUCGUGUUUUCCCUUUGUUUUCUUCAAAUGAUAAAAUGUGAAAAGACAUUCACAAUGUACACUUAUUAGUAAAACACCAAGAAAUCAUUUUCCCCGUGGUGAACACUUGCUCACAACAUUUUGGCGCACACUUUAUCUUUCUUCUCUAUGUGUGUGUGUGUGUGUUGUUUGUCCUACUGUCGAUCAAACACGCAGAUACUGUCUGUCUCUGUCUCCCUCUCUCUCUCUCUCUCUGUUUCACCCUCCUCUUCUAAGUGCAGAUUCGUGUACGUGUCUGUCUGUGGAUGUGGGUGUGUGUGCCUGUGUAAUUGUCCCUUCAUCUUUCUGUUCAACAUAUUUAUAUUCAUUCUACUACUUGUAUAUGCUUUUAUGAGAGGGUAGAGGGUUUAAUUUUAAAGAAAAAUUUACUUUGCAUACUUCAUUUGAUUUAAAUUUAUCAUCUCGCUUAUUAUUAUUAUUGAUUAAUUAUUUAUUGGUGUGAGAACAUUUUCGAAAUGUAUUCACCACUUUUUUACAAAAUAACGAUACAUCAAAUUAGAAUACACAAACAAAAAAAUUGUGUACCUGUCUGAUCUGCAUAUAUGCAUAUACUUCAAUGAUAAAUUUGGGUUUUGUUUGGUUUUGUGGGUGUUUUGGAUUUAUCCCUAGUGUCCUCCCCCGCGCCGGCCCCCCCCCAACAACCCGAACAGCCUCGUUCAUUUUUUUUGGUUUAUUUUGCAUUUUGAUUUUUUUUUCCGAUCUUUUUUUGUGUAGAGAUAUAUUGGCGCAAAAGACAAGUGAAUAACGAUAAUAAUAAUAAUAAUAGUUUAAUGAUUAUCCCUUUUGUUGGUUUAUGUGCUUGUUAAGACUUACUUAAAGAGAAAUGCCUAACAGUGUGAAUGAGGUACUUAGUUAUUAGAUAGAAUUGGAGGUAAUCGACAACAGUAAGACGUCUGCUUGACUAAGUGUUCGUGCUUAUUGGCACUUACUCAUUCACAAGGUAUACAGUAAGGCGUGUGUAUCUGCAAUCUUCGCUACCACUACUAC